AGUCAGUGGGUGAACUUGAUAUUUUCGCUGGAUCGUGUGUGUGUCGUGUGUGAGAGGAAUGGUUUCUUUGUGAAAGUAAACAGAUAUUUUGGCUCAUUGUGGUUUUUAUCAGGAUUUAUUCACUUACCAACUCGAGGAAAAGUAACAUCCAAGCUACAGCUUCUGAGUGGCAUGUACAUUUUCAUGCAGAGCUGGUCAUAAGAUCUUUCACAUCGAGAAUUGACGGAAGUAAACCGAUACAGUACGCCUCUUCAUAGCUACAGUAGAUAGGAAAUAAACCAACAGAAUGGAUGAGAUGGAUGAAAUCAGGGAAUACUUUGAUAAGAUGGACUUGAACAAGGACGGCUUUCUGACGGACAAAGAAAUCCAGGAGAUCCUCCAGGCCAAGGGUGAGAGCGUUCCUGCCUACAAAUGCCGGGACUUCAUCAGAGAGUAUGACACCGACAAUAAUGGGCGCCUCACUUUUAAUGAGUUUAUGAAGCUAUACGAUGACAUCAAGAAAAACAAGGUGUCAUCAAGGUUCCUCACUCAAGUGAAAGCCAGGGUAGGCAUCCAGGCAGAGAAGGGAACAUCAGAAGUAAGCGCUGCCGGAACAACUCAUUCCUUUUCAAAGGAGGAGACAGCAGCUUUCACAAGAUACAUCAAUGAGGGUCUGAACUUUAGGAAGGAUCCCGCCCUUGCUUCCAAAUUGCCGAUAAGUGUGGACGGUGGGCUCUUUGAAGCUGUGGUGGACGGCAUAUUGCUAUGCAAAAUGAUCAACAGUUCGGUUGCAAACACCAUCGACGAAAGGGUCAUCACGACGACCAAGCUGAACAAGUUCACCCAGCUUGAGAACCUGACCCUGGCUCUGAAUUCGGCCAAGGCCAUCGGCUGCAGCGUCAUCAACAUCGACCCCAUGGACAUACAGAACAAGACCAAGCAUCUGGUCCUGGGCCUCGUCUGGCAGAUCAUCCGGAUUGGACUAUUUGCGAACAUCGAUCUUCAAUUCCGGCCCGAGCUGAUCCUUCUUCUGAACGAGGGUGAAGAGCUAGAGGAUCUCAAGAAACUGUCUCCUGAGGAACUCCUUAUCAGAUGGGUCAAUUACCAUCUUGAACAAGACGGAUCUGCUCGCCGCAUUAAAAACUUUUCCGAGGAUAUCAAGGAUUCCGAGGUGUACUACUGCCUUAUGAGACAGAUAGCGCCCAAAGACAUUGCCCUGCACUACACUCUAGAACACAACAGAUCGAGUCUGGAUGCUCGUGCCGAAGAUGUCCUUAACAAUGCUGGACUUCUUGAUUGCAGAGCAUUUGUUACAUCGAAGGAUAUUGUUUCUGGGAACUCCAAGCUGAAUAUGGCUUUUGUGGCUAACCUCUUCAACCACUACCAUGGCCUUGUCCCCACAGAGGAAAUGGACUAUGAAAACAUUGAAGAAACACGGGAGGAGAAGACAUACCGCAACUGGAUGAACAGUCUGAACGUGAAACCGUAUGUGAAUCACCUUUACAGCGAUCUGUCCAACGGUCUUGUCCUAUUAGAGCUGUUUGACAUCGUCAACCCUGGUAUCGUCAACUGGGAAAAGGUCAACAGACCUCCGUACAAGAUGGCCGCUAAGAUGAAGAAGAUUGAGAACUGUAACUACUGCGUCGAGCUUGGACGCGAAAUGAAGUUCUCUCUAGUUGGAAUUGGAGGGCAGGACAUCUGUGAUGGAACUGUCAACCUCACUCUUGCUGUUGUAUGGCAACUGUUGAGAGCCUAUACACUGCGUAUGCUACAGGAGAUCAACCAGAGUGACAAGCCCCUUGGUGAUCAAGAGAUCGUCAGCUGGGCAAAUACAAAGCUCGAAGAAGCAGGGAAGUCCUCCAGAAUCAAUAGCUUCAAAGAUCCACGAAUCGCUGAUUCCCUGCCUAUACUGGACCUGGUAGAUGCCAUUAAGCCGAGCAGCGUCAGAUAUGAUCUCUACAUCGACCCAAGGACAGGAGAAAAUGGGGAGGAAAGGGAUAACAUAAGGAUGAAGAAUGCCCAGUACACCAUCAGCAUUGCUCGCAAACACGGCGCCAUGGUCUACGCGCUCCCAGACGACAUCGUGGAGGUCAACCAGAAGAUGGUCAUGACGAUCUUCGCUUGCCUGAUGGCGCUCGACCGAACUCUAACCAAAUCUUCUUAAUCAUCAUCAAAGCAACGUAAUCAAUUUUCGCAUCAUCAAUCCAAUGGUAUCAGUCAUGCAUACAGAUGUAUAGUGAAAAAAUUAAUUUGUAAACUUUGUUUUGGCGCAGAUGAUUUGUUCUUAUUCUUGGAUGAAUAAACAUGUUAUGUUUUGUUGUGAGAUGUCAAAUGGGGCUGUACUUACUUUUGUUUAUAUCAUUGUUUUUUUGUUGAUCAAUGCUUGCAUUCUUGAAUGUAAAAUGUAUAAUUUUGUAUGAGAAAUCCCUGUGGGAUAUUUCUAAGCAUUCUCUGAAUAAUUCACUGUUUGUAUUGGUUUAUAGCAUAUGAAUGUUUUUUUUUUUUUUUUUAUAUCACUUUGUAUUUUUUUGUUCAGUACUGUUGUACACAAUUCUUAGUUGAUCUUUGCAAAACCAAGGUUUCCAAUAAGCUAUAGCUCCCCAUGUUGUAGUACAUGUAAACCGGUUCAGGUAGGAUCAUUUUUGUUGAAUGCUCAGACGCCUGAUCGCAUAGGCCUUGCUGCUCUGUUCACAUUUCACGUACUAGUAUUAUGGAUAUUGGGCGAAAUUAAAACAGCAUAAACCUUUAUUUUGCAUGUUAAUUCACUUGUCCAUAAAAAAAAUCAAACAUAUGUUAUGUGCGAGAAUGUACCGUAUCAAACAAAAACAAAAAUCUCUUUUUAGACUAGACAAUAAAAAGGAAUUCAACAUUUUAUUGGUGGAACAUAUAAAUUACAAUAUAAAUUGUUUUGGACAAUAAAUGAUUUCCGUAUCUUUUGAAAAGAAGGUUCACAUUCAAUUUUAGGCAAAUUUGUAUCCAACGCCUUACGAAUCAUUAUGGCUUUCUGAUUUUUGCAGAACGCCUAGAGUGCCGGUUUCACAAACAGUAUGGCCCUAGUCUUAUUAGUUGCAAUCAAUUUUGAGAUAGAUAUAAGUUUCUAUUGUAGGCAACGUUUUUUAGAUCAAUUUAAAACUUUGCUACUGAUAAGAAUCAAGGGCAGGACUAAUUAAAUAAAAAUUGGCCUACAUGUAUGUUCAAAAUAUUUCACUUGCAUAAACAAAAAAUAAAAAUGAAUUCACGCUUUUAGAUAAUCUGAGCUUAUUUCUUCUUUAUGGGUGAAUUUGCUUUCGUUGAAAAUUCUUUGAAUAUGAUUUUCUGUCACCAAAACGUCAUAUUCCAUGGAUUGAACCAAAUAAGUAUUUUACAGAACCAGCCAUGCCGCAUUCAUUACAUUUUGUAUAGUUGUAUUUCAUCAUCAAAUCGUUGAUACCGGUAUUAUAUUUUCGAAAUGAGCAAGGCAUUCCACUCCGAAUCAGCGACAGUAAUUCCGCGUUCUUCCAUGAAUACGAAUUCCAAUUACAUUUAGAAAUAUAUGAAUAGGUACAUAACUCAAUCCCCCCUCAUUGCUUGAACAAUGUAAAAAAAAAAUAUAUAUAUAUAUACAUAUAGGCUUAUGAUGUACUUCUCUUUCCGCUUCUUUCGUCUGUAAAUUGUAGGUUAUAAUUUUCUGAUGAUUUUGUUGUACAUUUCUUUCUGUUUUCAUUCUUUCACGCAUGCAGGGUCACAUGUACAAUACAGUUUAGAAUCUUUAAAAGUGUUCACAAAUGUAGUCACAGUUGAUAUAUAUGUAUGAAAGUAACUUUAUUUCUGUAUCUUUUGUAUUUCUGUUAGUUCAAGUCAUUAUAUUCUAAGCUUGAAGCAGGGGACGAUAUAAUAUAAUGCCUGUUUAUUCAACAUGGAAAUCGAUAAUGAAUAGUCUGGGUAGUUUGAUAUCGUAAAUUAUAAACCAUCAAUGAACAUAAAUUCCCCAGUAAUCAUUCAUGUCAAAUGUUACUAAAGGGGUGAUUAAUUAUGUAAUGCCCUUUCGUACAAUUUGGAAAUUGAUAAUGACUAUUUUAUAUAGCUUUAUAUCAUAGAUUGUAGACCACCAAUUAACUUUUAUAUCCCAAGGAAGCAUUCAUGCGUGAUAAUGUUACCGAAACUUGAUCAUGCUAAGAUUUUUUUUUUUUUUAAUCUCAUAUUGUACAUUUUGGUUCAAUAAUCAUUCCAUGUUGUGUUGACACAAUUUCAUUUCCAGUGUAUAAUUAUGGCCAAAUGUGUGGAGACGGAAGGCUUAGAUGUUUUAAUAAUAAUUACCAUUCUGCAUUGUGAUUUUUGUCCCCCCCCCCUCCUUCUCAUAUAGUACAGUUGAGAUAAGUGAUUAUUCCACGUUAACAAGUUUAUUUUCAUAGCUAUAUUUGUGGCCAGACAUGCCCGCGAAACAAAAGCUGUUCAUUCUUAUUCAGUUUGCAUAGGUUUGUUAUUUCUUAUACCACAUUAUGUAAUUGGUUGACUGAUCAUUCCACGUUCACAGAAUUAUUUUUUCUACCCGAGGUUGUGACCAUUGUGAAGAAACGAUGCCUACUUGCCUUCAAUGGAAUACUCUGUUUUCAAAACCAUUCCAAAGAAAACCGUUCUUUCAUUAAUAGUGAAAUUCUGUAUGUUUGUCGGUUUGGCAAGGAGAAAUGUUAUUGUUUUUUUUUCUCUUUUGCAUUGCACAAAAUGUUUCUCUGGAUAUUUGCACAAUGAACACCAUAAGAGGCUUAAAUCAAUUUUAUUUUUUACAACAAAUAGAGAGAGUGGGAAAAUGUAUCUCUAUAUAAAAAAACAAGUCAUAUACGACUGAUAUGUACUGUUACAUUCAAUCACAAGCAUUCUAUACUUUAAAGAAUCUCAUUUUUAUGUCAUUCCACGCUCGUUUCAAGAUGAUUUUCUGAUUAUUCUCAUUUUCUGGAUGAUGUUACUACUCCUUCGAAAUAUAUCAUUUUUUCGAGUUUUUGAACAAAAUCAUUCCUAUACUGUCAGUUAAGAAGGUUGUGAGGUCUUGAUGUAUUUUGUGCAACCUCACCUCUGCCUAUUGUAGUAUCAUGUAUGCAUACAACUAGUCUGUCUUGCCCAUAAAUUGAGAUGAGACCAUCGUUUCUUGAAUUCUUUUUCUCAGUGAUACGACUAUACACUCCUGUCGGAUGUAUCGUUUCUAUCCGGUUUGUGAAUAGAAUCAUUCCUAUGUUGCGAGGUAUUAGUGCAACCUCACCUUUGCCGCCAUAGUAUCAUGUCUACACGUUACUAGUCCAACUUGUACAUAAACUGAGAUGAGUCGCUAAUUGUUUUAUAUUAUACACAGAUUUGCAUCCAUACAAUGCCUCUGUAAACCUGAUCUUUCACUCAAAAUACCGGUUAUUCUGUCUUUCGACCUUUUAUAUUGGUAUCUGUGCGUCUUAUUUCUGUUAUUAGAUAUUGUAAAGGAAGUCCCAAGCUGGGUAUGCAGAAUUAGGGAGAGCAAUUUCACACAAAAAUUUCAAAUAGUUAUGCAUGGCUUCAAAUGACUUGACUAUGAUAAGCUACAUAGGGUUUUCAAUAUUUUCUGGAAGUUUUAUUAUAAGUUCUAGAUGAAAAGCUGAUGCCGACUGAUAUUCUUACUAACAUUGAUUUAUUUUUCAUUAAGUGGUAAGAUGAAAAUAUAUAUCUUAUUCUAGAGUUGCAUCAAUGAUCACAAUAAAAGCAGAUGCAAAGGGCAAUUAAGAGAUUUGCUUUCAAAUUAAAAGUGACUUAAAAGCGAAGCACAGCCUAUGUUGAAUAUGCCCUUAACCUUUUACUGCAUAGUUCGUGCAACGUUUAGAAUUUGCAACAAUUCUAAUGUGAAAUAAUAAAAAAAGAUAUUGGCUAAACGGAUGGCACUUCAUAUGCUUUCAUUCAUAAAGUCAUGCAUAACUCUGUGAAUACCUUUAUGAAACUUCCUCUAUUCGCUAUAUGCAUUAUGAUGUUUAUCCUAAUGUGCUUAACAGUGGUUUGAUGCACAGCUGUUUUCAAAGAGACAAUCAUAAAUUACUCCCAAGUACAUGUCCAAUGUAUUACAGUUAUACAUGGAUGAAAUUCUUUUUGGACAUGAAGUAGUGGUGUAUUUGAAAUCUAGAGAUUUUUCAAUCAGGUACUUGGAUAUGCGAUAGGCUCAAAAUCCUUUUGUUAUCGAAAUUAUCUGUUUUUGUACAGGGCUUCUUAAUGUAAAGCUAAGCUAUCGAUUUUAGAUCUGAUUUCUAUGAUUGCUUGCAUUGAUUAUUGUGUAUGAUCAGUCGUGGAAGUCAGCGCCAUGAUCGAUCGCUAGGACGUGUGUUACGGGGCCCGUAUUUGAAUCAUGUACCUACGAUUAUAAGGAGUAUAUUAAAGGUAUGUGGGUGUUGGCGCAUGCUAUAUUAAAUAAAAUGUGUACUGAUUACUGAAGCAGUGGGUUAUAGGGUUUAUAAGUGGUAGACGCAUUUUAUAUUUUUCACCAGUUAUAGGUAGGUGCACACCAAUGAGCUUAUUGUGGACCACAUGUCAAGGGGCUUUCACAAUCGCUCUUGCGAUCGUUUGCGAUCAUUUGGUCACGAUAUAUGUUGUGCGCAAUCGCAAGGGUUGUAAGCAGUCACAACCACCAAUUGUGAAAGGGGCUUUUAUAAGCAGUAGCAAUAUGCAUGGAAUUACAUAUCAAGUUUAUAGAGUUAUGGAAAUUGUUUUCUGUUUCAAUGUUCAUGUUAAUUCUAAUGCACAUAUUUUUAUCAUUUGACUAUUAGCGUGCAUCACAAGUCAUCGGUGUAAUCACUGCAUUAAUAUGAAUUGAAUUUAAAUGAACAUAAAAUAUAAUGAUAUGCAUAAUACCAGUGACUUCUAAGAGGUUCUGUGAGUAAUAACCGUCAGCCUUUAUAUUCAGUUUAGGGUGUUAUCCACGUUGUAGAAAUCAUUAGGUUAAUCAAUAAUUGCAUCUUUAAGCACUUGACCUACUCCAGUGUAAGAAAUUAAACACUCAUAUUUUUGUGUUAGUGUUAUCUGCUGUCAUCUCAAUGGAAUUUUAAGUAAGGGUUCCUUCUAGCAAACACUAUACUUAGUUUACACUUUACUAAGCAAACUCAUUACUUUGUUUAACACUUAACCUACUUCACACUUUAGAUAGUGAACACUUUACUUUGUGAAAACUUUACCUAGUUAGCACUGUACUAAGUGAAUGCUUUGCCUAGUUAACACUUUACAUAGUUAGCACUUUACUAAGUAAACACUUUAACUAGAAAACACUUUACCUAGUUAACACCAUUGUCAAACAUACAACACUCACUUAGUGUUAUGGUUAUAUACAUUGAUCAAGAAUGAGCCUACUACUUGAGUGUAUUUAACCAGUGUCAAUUCAUCAUUCUUUUGCCUUAUAUGUUGAAGAGACUUUAACUUUAAAUGACACUUUAGACUUUAACUGCUUUUUUAUAAUAAAUCAUUUGUUUUUAGAAAUAUUGAUUAUGUUAGUUUCUUCAGUAAUACUUUAAUCAUCAUUUUCAAUGAUAAAAAAAAUAGCAAAUGUAUAGGUUAAGUUAGAAAAAGAGUGAUCAAAAUGACAUGAAAUUACAAUAAUAAAAACCUGAACAUCUCAUGAUAAUCAAAAUAUUAAGAGGGAUCUGUUGAAAUUGAAUGAGCAUCAUAGAUAUAUGCGUUAUAUGUAUAUGGAAUGCCAAUUGUUUGUUUUGUAGUUUAUCCUAGCAAAACACGCUUUUGACAUCAAAAUCAUGAAUAUCCUUAUGUAUAAUUAGCAUUGUAUGUUGCCCACCAAAAGGUGAAAAUUGCACGAAAAAAGUUCUUUAUGGUAAUCGUGAACUUGAUAUUAGAGUUUUAUGAUAACAUAGCUAAAAGUAUGUGUGUUUUGUAGUUGUGUUAACCGCAAAUAGUUUUAUUUGGUAGAGGCAUUCCAAAUGUGAAAAAAUAUAUAUAUUUGAAAAGAUGGGGCAGAAAUGCUUUAUACAGAUGUAAGGGAAGUGGCUUAUUUUGGUAAAGUUAGUUUCACAAAUAAAUAUUGGUUUCAAAAGAA